CUAACUUGUUAGCUCAUCCACAGCUCCUAUCUGUAUCACACCCCCGCUCGACAUUCUUUGUUUUUACUUCUGUCCGUGGGUUAACGAUUAAAGGUCCGUGGCUGUAGCUACUAGAAUACAUUUUAUUUAAAUUGUACGGACGCCAGACUUCACUUGUUCUGCAUCUUUUUUAUUAUUAUUAUCGCAGGCUAACGCUAGUGUUAGCACAACAGCUCUAAGGAUGGCGGAGGUCCCCGGGACAUCAAGUGAGACGAUAACGGAGACCGUUCAGACAAGCACACCGCCUCCACCCCAACAGGAAGGACGCAGUUUGACAAUCAAGUUAAGGAAAAGGAAGACUGAGAAGAAAGUGGAGUGGUCCAGUGACACUGUUGAUAACGAGCACCUGGGAAGACGAUCCUCAAAGUGCUGCUGUCUUUACGAGAAGCCUCGUCCGUUCGGAGAGUCGUCCUCUGAGAGCGAAGGAGACGACGACGACGAAGGCUGUGGGAGUGCCAACUGUAUCCUGGGCCAUGGCAGGAGAGGCCACGGACAGAGGCCGGAGGGGGGGACUGCAGCGCCCUCGAACUCUGGAGGGGCCCACUAACGAGCAGGACAGUCCGGGGGUCCAAGCAGGGGUUCGUUAACCACAGUGACCCGUUCCAAACAUGGUUCCCUCAGAAAACUACAGACAAAGCUCCAGCUGCUAGAGCCCCCCCUGUAAUGCUCCAUUCAAAGCUUUGAGCAGCUCACCAACUCUCACAGACAGCCCAUUUUAAACACACUACUGUGAUGAUACGACUUGUUUGUGCCAUUCUUAGUGUUUCUGCAUGUUCUGGCUCUUUUACAGCGAACCACACACAGGAUGCUUUAGGUCCCUGCUGAGCUUUUUCACACAUCCUGGUGAAGUCAGAGAGAUGCUGCUGGGCUCAGUCCUUCUUCUUUACCUGCAGUCCAUCACUGAAAACUCUCGUUUCCUGCUUUAAGCCACGAGAACGCCAACUGCAGUGGACGGCCGACUGCCUGUCAGCCUCCCACGUGCGUUCUCGUUUUGUCCAGAACACGCUGGGAAACAAACAGGAAACGAUCAGUUAAUGUUGCAUAUAUAUUCUAAAGUUUCUAUCUGAAGUCGGCUUAAACAAUAAAAACGUGCUGAAUUAUAUGAAAUGGUGCCGUUUGAAAGAGUUUGCAGGUCCACACUUACCUCAGCUGUGGGCUCAGUGUGCGACACGUCUGAAAAACGAGCCCAAAGAAUGUUUCAAAGCACUUUUCUGAGCAGAAACUAAAGAAAGUGGAGCAGAAAAGCCUUAAAUUUAGAUACUUUCCCUGCGUGCUAGUGAAGCCAUUUUCAAUCCCAGCUGAAAAAUCUCAAUCUCCAAAAGUAGCUUGAAGCUUCUUCUUUCAAUCAAUCCACAGUAAAAUACAAUAAAAAUACGAUUCAGACCCAUUUUCUGUGAGUUAUCCUAAUUAUCACGUCACACCGAUCCCUAACGCUCUAUCAGGAUGGUCAAAAUGUAGCUUCAAAAGUUUACUUUGGCCUAAUCUGACUUAAUUAAUGUGAUUUGAUGUGACGGGUCUCAAAUUUGGUGGAAUCAGACAAGAUUAUAAUCACAGAUGUUCAGAUGGAACGACACCAACUUCAGUGUGAAACGUCUGAAAAGCAGCGUUUCGUGAAACGCCCCAACACCUGAGCAUGUUGUUUUAAUCUGACCUGUUUUAAUCUGGCCUGUUUUAAUCUGACCUGUUUUAAUCUGGCCCGUGUAAAUGCAUGGAUCACACCUCUUUCCCUAAAGGCUCUUCUGUUUAUGUCACUGUCGUCACAUCAGCUGGUUCUGAAGGUAAACGCCUGUGGAAGCUGCCAUUUGGUCACGUUUUUAAUUUAGGGACUCGUGGAUAUGAAGACAAAUGUUUCUCGCUUUAUUUUAUUUAAGCGCUCCUACAACGUUACAGGAAGUAGAUGCUAACAGAGCAUAUCAGUUCUGCUUUCACUGAUUGAUUUCUCAUGUUUAUAAGUGAUGGAUGAAUAGCUUGUUUUUUAGAUACCUUAGCUAUCUGAUGAAUGUUUCCUCUGUCUGUUCCGGUACAGAUACUUAGUUUUAUUUUAUGACCGGCUUCAUCAGAAACCGUUUUCAUUUUGGUCUGUAUCUAUUCUCCUCAAUAAACAUGUAUUUAACUACAUUUAGAAGAACUUGGGCUCCUAAAAUAAACAUGAAAAAGCAUUUUCUAUUAAAACGAGCAGUAAGUUGUAGCAGCUGCAGGCUGGGGGGGAUUAUAAUCUGAGCGUUUCAGAGGAAACACAUCUUUCUGACUGCAGCUGACUUCUAGUGUAAGGACUAAUAAUAAAGUUAGGAA